AUGCCUUUUGGAUUUGCAGCCAAAUUUUGUAAGGAAUGGGCUCGUAUUUCAAUUUGGUCCUUUUUCUCAGAUGUCAGGAUCGAAGGCUAUCAAGAAGCGACAACGGAAGAUCAACCUUAUAUUUUUGCUGCCACGCACCAUAAUAUGCUGCUGGAUCCAGCAGUGCUCUGCAACGCAUGCUCAAAAGAAUAUCUUCAUUACUGGGCCAAGAGCUCCAUUUUUGUGAAUAGAUACGCUGCACGAUUUCUGAAUAGCGUCGGAUGUGUUCCCGUUGACCGAGAGUCCAAAGAUCAUCUGGGCUUAUAUCAAUCCACGUUUGAUGUAAUGGAGUUGAAUGAAUCCAUUGUUGUAUUUCCAGAGGGAACGAGCCAUACUCUACCGGGCAUCAGUAAGCUAAAGGAUGGUGCCAGCUUUGUGGCAUUGGAAUACGCUAAAUCAGUAAAGGAUAAGCCAAGAUACAACAGAUAUGGGCAGCUAGUAAACCCUGCCGCUAUCGUGCCUGUGGGUAUCGUUUACAGUGAGAAAUCUAGAUAUCGCAGUGUGAUUAUCGUCAGAUUCGGUAAGCCAAUCCAAAUGGAUAAGUAUCUAGACGAUUUUAGCAAGACACCUAAAGCGACUGCAAAGCUGGUCACCAAAGCUUUGGAAGAGGCACUAUUGUCUCUCACGGUGAAUUCGCCAGAUUGGCCCAACAGAAAGAACGCUGUCAUGGCUAGGGAGAUGCUGUUUCCUGGCGAAUAUGGCAACAUGCCUGAUUUCGUUCAAGUAUCGCAAAGUCUGAUCGAUAUAUUCGUAAAGCAAAAAAAUUUGAGGCAUUUAGCAGAUAAUCUACAUGUUUAUCGCUGUGAAUUGAAGGAUCUCGAGCUGCGAGACACUGAUCUUGCUUGCUACGAUGCUAACAGAAAGCAAAGGCUCAUACCCACAACCAUCAUCAAAAACUUCAUCAAGAAAUCGUUUGCAUUAUUUAUGGAUCUGCCUGUAGCAUUGCCUAUCGUGCUGGCACAUCUACCCCUCUAUCUCAUCAGUCGACAUUAUUCCAAGCAUGAAGUGUAUGAAGAGGUCAAAGCACAAGGCAAGAUUUUGCAUGCGACAUGGAUGGUCCCAAUCGUGUACUUGCCUCUGCUCAUCUGGCAAUGGUAUUAUCUCUAUCGAUUUACAUUUUGCGGAUUCUUCUUUGCUGUGCUGACUGCCAUCAUUUUCUAUUGGCUGCAUGUUGUAUCCAUUGAUCGCAAAUAUGAGCAAUUCAAGCAAUGGAGAGGAUCAUUUCAGCUGUUUGAUGCGUUUGUAUUGAAGCGAGGUUUAGGCAAUCGCGAAAAACGACUUGUGGAGAUCAUGAAGCUGCGAGAUGCUAUACAGAAUGACCUCCAGCGGGUAUUUUUCAGUAGCAAUGACGAUGAUACUUUGGAUGUGAGAAUAGUAAAGCGAGCUAUCCAAUCUCGAGCAAAGUAA